AUGGAACAGUCGGUCCGAGACGACCCGUGUUCGAACGUCGGUCGGCGAUCACGAAUCAACCGUGGCGACAGAGAGGCAGCACCUCUAGACACUGAGAGAAGCAGCUUCACGGCACUUUUAGAGUCGAUGCAAAAGCUUGCGCGGACAAGUCUGCGAAGAGGCAAUGGACAGUAG